CUCAGUACUACGUUCAAAACGGUUGAUGUAACGUAAAGGGGAACACAUAUUUUAGAAACAAUAAAACGAAUCUGAUUCCGCAAGCCGCUUAAGUCCGUUCGACAACAAAAAAAAAAACGCGCUUUUUGACGUCUGAUACGGCGGGAAAUGACCCCGAGAACUUACGUCCAGAAACGCGAAUGAAGAAUUCAGUGAACGAGGACACCUCGAAAUUCAAAUUGUGGAACAACGUGGCGUCCUGCAUGGAGAAAUGGUUCGGUGAUAAACGGCUCUGGUUAUUUGGCAACAACCUGCCGCUGUUACCGAGAAGGUCACGCGCCAGUAGCCGCGCAAUGGAACGCUACGAGAAACUCGCCAAGCUAGGCGAGGGCUCCUACGGUCUGGUCUACAAGUGCCGCAACAGAGACACCGGCGAGAUAGUCGCGGUGAAGAAGUUCGUUGAAAACGAAGACGAUCCCCUCAUCAGGAAGAUCGCUUUGCGGGAGAUACGGAUGUUGAAGAACUUGAAGCAUCCGAACCUUGUUAAUUUAAUUGAAGUUUUUCGACGGAAACGUAAACUGCAUUUGGUGUUUGAAUACUGUGACCACACGGUGCUGCACGAAUUGGAAAAGUAUCCAGCCGGCUGUCCCGAACUACUUUCAAAGCAGAUAAUCUGGCAGACUUUGCAAGGGGUCGCGUACUGCCAUCGGCAUAAUUGCAUCCACCGUGACGUCAAACCUGAAAACAUACUCCUCACGAGCGACGGAGUCGUCAAGCUCUGCGACUUUGGAUUCGCAAGGAUGAUCAGUCCAGGAGAGAGUUACACGGACUAUGUUGCGACGCGCUGGUACCGAGCCCCUGAGCUGUUGGUCGGAGACACUAUGUACAGCACGCCGGUCGACGUGUGGGCCAUAGGCUGUGUGUUCGCGGAGCUCCUGACAAGCGAGGCUCUGUGGCCGGGCAAGAGCGACUUGGACCAGUUGUACCUCAUCAGGAAGACGUUGGGGGAUCUACUCCCGCGGCACAUGACCAUCUUCUCGCAGAACACUUUCUUUCAGGGUAUGGCGCUACCGGAGCCGACGACUCUAGAACCACUCGAAAAGAAGAUUCCGCCGCGUUAUGCCAACAACGAACUCAUACUAGACUUUUUGAAGAAAUGCCUGGACAAGGAUCCCAUGAUGAGGUGGACUUGCGAGCAGCUGUUGCGGCAUCCGAUCUUUGAGAACUUCCUGUUCACGGUGCCUCACUCCGAUCACGAAGAAUACGAAAGGGCCAGGAGAGCUCAAGUGCAGUCAUCCCCGCUCCUGCCGCAGCUGAUCGUCAACGAGAGAACUCAGCCUAAAGGCAAAAAGUCGGAUCUGGAUUCCCGGAGUCAUCUGCCCACCAUAUGACUAGCGCCGCCAGCGCGACACCGGAAGUUGUCGUGAUUCUAUUAAAGCUCAUCAUCAAACAGUGUUUAAUUCAUUUUUGUGUGGAUAGAGAAUGACAGAGAAUGUUACAUAUUAUGUUACAACAGAUGGGCUGAGUCAGUCAGUUCAUUUCCUUAGCUAUGUAAAGAACAGCUGUAGCGUAAGUGAAUUGUGGCGAUACCCAUCAUAGAACACAAGAUAUUUGACAGAUGCUUGAAUCUCGCUUACAGCGUUUUCAAGACAAGCUUGCAUGUACCUACACAUAUAUUUAUUUUUUAUU